CAGCCAGAUGGAAACUGAAGCGGUCCUGGCCAUAAUUGGAGAUGUGAAGGUCCUGACAUUCUAGCCUGUUGUGCUGCUAACCGAGCAGAGUGUUAGCUGUGAGCCAGGGCUAGCUAGUGGCUAAUGUAAGGAGCUGACUCUGGAGGAUUAUCGAGAACUACGCAACACUUUAUGCCAGCGUCGCUUUUCUGCUUCUUCUUUCCUCUGCACAGUCCUUGGUUGUAGCCCUGCUGAAGGGCGUUUGGUUCUAGUAGUGGGUGGAAGUGCCUUUCUACAGCAGCCAUGUCGGGCUUCAAUCUGCUACACCUAAUAACCAAGAGUCAACCUGUUGCUCUGAAAUCCUGCAGUCUUCCCUCAGGAGCACGUAGGACUAAGAAGACAUGGCCAGUAAGCUUCUCUCAGGAGGACCUGAGGAAACGCCUUACACCAAUGCAGUACCACAUCACCCAGGAGAGAGGAACUGAGAGUGCCUUUACUGGAGAGUUUGCACAUCAUAAAGAUGAUGGUACCUAUACGUGUGUUGUCUGUGGGGCCUUCCUGUUCAGCUCAAACUCUAAAUUUGAUUCGGGAUCAGGUUGGCCGUCCUUCUUUGACAUUAUAAAGGAGGAGUCCAUCACUCUGACAGAUGAUUUCUCCUAUGGGAUGCACCGGGUAGAGACUACCUGCAGCCAGUGUGGAGCUCAUCUGGGACACCUGUUUGAUGAUGGUCCAAGACCCACAGGAAAACGCUACUGCAUUAACUCUGCCUCUUUGGCUUUUCAGCCCAAAGACACAGCCUCCUCCACUUCCAGCUCCACGGCCAACCCUGGAGCUGCUCAUAGCUCAGAGAGUGACGGAAAGACUGAGCCCUGAAACAAAGAUACAGAAACGACAACCCACUGACAGCUUUAUAGGGAGAGUCCAACAGUUUGCAUGAAUAAAAUAGUUAGGUGUUUUACAUUAAUAAUCUACUUUGUAAAGAGAUAAGUGAUAAUAUUUUGAAAGGAAAGAAUAUGCUCAGGCUUCAGUUACUAACCAACAACUCUGUAAUGUACAAUUGUCCAAUCCAUUUUUGAUCUUCUUUUACACAGUGCCUACAAAUAAGGUUAGUAUGCUUGUAUACAACCACCAGAAAGAUUUAUCAGCCAUUUAUUAAAUGUAAAGUACACCCUUGGCUUAAGAAACUGGUAUUGCACCCUGUAGUAUGACUUUCUUUAGUUGAGCUUGUAGGUGUUUUUCAUAAUUGUCUAUCAGUCUCUGACAUUGGCUUGAUUACAUUUUUGUCCCAUCCUGAAAUUAGCUGGUUGGGGCAUUUGGUCUUCAUGUGUGAGUCCUGACAGUCAAAGUCAAUUUGUUUGGACUUGUGACAAAGGAUUCAUAUUGAAUUGUUCAGUAUUCCAUCCAUUCUUUAUCUAUGCACCACUUAAUCCAUAUUAGGGUCAUUGGGGGCUUGGAGUCUAUCCCAGCUGACUUAGGGUGAAUGCAGGGGACACCUUGGACAGGUCACCAGUCUAUCACAGGGCUACAUAUAGAGACAAACAAUCACACUCACAUUCACACCUACGGACAAUUUAGAAUCACCAAUUAACCUCAGCAUGUUUUUGGACUGUGAGAGGAAGUUGGAGUACCUGAAGAAAACCCAACCAUGCAAACUCCAUGCAGAUAGAUCCCAGGAAGGCUGGGAGCUGAACUGAGGAUCUUCUAGCUGCAAGGCAAUGGUGCUAACCACUGAUCCACUGUGCAGCCCAAUUGUGUAGUAUUACCUAACCCUAAGUCUUCACCCUAAGUCAGCUGGAAAAGACUCCAGCCCCUCUGCGACCCUAAUGAGGAUUAAGUGAUAUAUAGAUAAUAGAUGGAUGUUGAGCACGUUAACAUUUGUACAGACUUUGGAAAAAGAGCAGGAAGAGGAUGUGGUACUCACAGUUCUUUGCAAGCAUGGCACUUUUCAUGUGAACAGGCUCAUAGCCACAUUCAGAAACCCUGGAUUGACUUACCAACUUCAUAACCAGCUUUAUGUUAGGUUAUGUAUAGUGAAGUCAGAUACUGAAAAGAAAUCCCGGGGAUGUUGAGCUCUCUUUAUUGUACAGGCCCAAGUAUUAACGACAACCAUCCAUGAGACCAUCAUGAAAUAUGAUUUUCACUUCUUUACUUGUGGUUUUCUCUUGCUCCUUGGCUAUGAUGAAGUAUCAAAGCUACAUGUUUAUGAAAGUAUCACAGUUUGGUCAAAAAUACUACCCAUUCAUAUAUGAUUUUUAUUUUCUGGGUUACCAAAUUGACAAGUCCCAUCCCAUCUAAUACUUGAUUGGCUGGCUGAAAAGGGCCAACUGUAAAAUAAUACAAUAAAUUAAAAUGAAUGUCUAUUUGAAUUGUUACUUGGGAUACAUUAGAAACAAGUGUAAUAAGGCAGAUGUAGCACAUUUCUCUGAAAACAACUGAGAAUGCACUAGCAUCAUUUUAGAGAGAAUGGGAUGAUAGUGAACAGACCUGCAUACACCGUGGAGGGCUUUGUUAUUGUAACUUUUAGAAGAUUUUAGUAGAAUAUGUUUUUGAAGUGAUAUUUAAUACUAAGAAGUUGAUUUAAUAAUAUUGUCUAUGCAAGUGGCCUUUCAGCAGUGACAAAGCGUACUGUGACAGAUUACAUGAUAUUGUGGACAAAUAAUGUACGGUUGCCUGUAUGUCACCUUCUAUAUUUGUCCCUUCCUUUUGAGUUUUUGUUCACAGCAUGGAUUCAAAUAGUCAACGAGUGAAUAAAAAUAUAUAGAAACAC